AUGGCUAGAACAGACCCCGGUCUAGAGGCCUUCCUCGCACCCUUGAAAGUCGAUGUCGACCGGCUCUACGGUCUGUCUUGCAGUCUGUCUCGGGUGUAUCGUGAAUUGGCUGCAGACUCCUCGGACCAGUUCUUCCCCACUGCGACAACACGGCUGCCAAACGGCCAUGAAAAAGGCCGGUAUCUCGCAGUCUAUCUGGGUCUACACUAUCUCCGGGUGGCCUUUAUCGAGCUGCUAGGCGAGGAGCAAGUAGGCAAACACUCGCACGUCCGGCGCACGCUGGAGAAGGCAUGGCCGAUCGAGAAGCGGUUGCGCCAAGACCAGCCUGACUCGCUAUUUGCGUGGAUUGGCGACUGCAUCGCGGAGGUCAUCCACGAUGAUCUCGCCAAUACUAAAGGCGACGUACCCGAAGAGAUCACCAUGGGGAUCUCAUUCUGUUUCCCAAUUAAGCAAAAAUUCAUGAAUGAAGCCAUCCUAAUGGCCACAGGCAAAGGGUUUGUCAUGAAAACCUCUCUAAACCUCCGGCAAGCUCUCCUGGAUGGGUAUGAGUGUCAUACGAGGCGUUCGGACGAGGAUGAUGCGGAGAUACGCACUAAACGGCAGAAGAGAUAUUGUCUUCCUAAAUUGAAGAUCGCCGUCAUGACUAACGAUACUAUAUCAACUCUGGCGUCCUUGGCGUACUCAAUCCGUGCCCUGCCGAAUACCAGGGUAGUGAUGGGGUUGAUUGUAGGAGCUGGGUGCAAUUCUGCAGUGCCCAUGAAAUUGACCGAUUUACAAGAGGCUAAGAUCCGGCAUGUCCGGGAAAGGGAUCCUGAGGCAACGGAGUCCAUCGUUUCGACCGAAUGGACUCUGAGAGGCGCAUCCGCCCCAUUGAAAGAACUCAAUCUGUUUACAAAAUGGGACCUUCAGCUCGAAGCCCGAGCCAAUCGCCCAGGGUUCCAGCCAUUGGAAUACAUGGUGGGGGGCCGCUAUGUGGGCGAGCUGGUGCGGAUCAUUUGUUACGACUGGUUUCAUGAGACUAAAAAGAUACCACGAGAAUCACUACCCGAAAAGCUAGUGGAAGAAUAUGCCUUAACUACCGACUUUCUCUCUCUGGUGGUAGCGUCUAGUCAUUCAGACCAGGCGCUUGCAGAGGAGCUUUCGCACAAGCUUCCCGGGCCUACGGGCAGCUCUUUUAAGUGGUCGCCCGCGUAUGCAGGUUAUCUUCGGGCCAUCGCAGCCGCAGUACAGGAUCGAUCCGCUGCGCUGGUCGCUGCUGCUACCGUUGGCCUGCUUGCUUGCACGCGGGAGAUCCAACUUCAAGAUAAAAAUUCCGAAGGCGUCGACCCUGGAGAUCCGCAAGCAACGGAGGGGGUGAACAAACCCCGGGCUGAUGAACUAGCCAAGCUUUCUCAUCUCGGGGCCCCCACCGGCUGGCUCAAGGGACCGGAGGAGUUGGUCGUGGCGGUCUCAGGAGGUGUCAUCCAGCACUAUCCAUAUUAUAAGCAAACCAUCCAGCGAUAUAUCGACCGAUUAAUUCUCAAUGCCGGGCCCCAGGACGGAGGCAAAAGUGUCUUCCUGCGAGAUGUCAAUGAUGGGGGAAUAAUCGGCGUUGGGGUGCUCGCAGGGACUGUCGCUGGCGAGAUCGAGGAUAUUAUUGGAUCUUCCCUUGAGGAACAGCAUGGCACCGAGGAACGCUUAGUAGGAUAA